AUGGAAGUGGGAAUCCCUAAGUUCAUGGAUGCAGGAUUAUUCGCGUACUCAAUUCUUAUAUCUUGCAAAACUUUUCAAGCGAGGCACGGAUUUGGCGGAUGCGGUCUCAACGAGAUCUACAACAAUUGCACAUCGCAGUGUGGAGAUCCUGAAUGUGGAAAUUCGGAACAG